GCUGACUGGGUAACGCCUGUGACACCUCGUAGCCCGCUGCACAACUUUGCACAACUUUGCACAACGUUACAAGGAAACAUGUCGUUCAAUCCGAAAACGUUGCAGAAUGGAGAACUCGCCCUCUGGUUUUCAUCCCAUCUCUCUGGAUAGGGGAGGGCUCAGUUUCCAAACGUUUUGCAAAGUUUCCAUGUUGAACUGCACGUUUCCAGCCCAGCAACAGACGUCCGAGGCGAGUUGAUCUAAUGGAAAAAGCGCCAAUUAAAGAGGAACUAAGUGCAACGCCCUUGUGUACUAAACAACAGUGUUCACGGCACCGCCCGUAACCGCUGCUAUAUUUGUGUUUGGCGCCACACUCCGCCCUACUUGUCCGAUGUCAACAACUGCAGGAGGAAACAGCUGUCACGAUUCUCUGCUAAAAUGUUGCUCGUUUUUUCCUUCUGUUUCCCGAUCCUCUCUCUGGUCUCUGCAUCUGAAGAUCAGCGAGAGAUAAAAGUGAAUCCUGGACAGGACGUCUCUCUUCAGUGUCAGGGUCUCAGAGAUGCCUCCGUCACACUGUUAGAGUGGACCAGACCUGACCUGAAGUCAGACGGUUACGUGUUCUUUUACCGAAACGAGCGGCCGUAUGAAAACUACCAGCAUGAAUCUUUUCAUGGUCGAGUGGAGCUGAGAGAUCCAGAGCUGAAGGACGGAGACGCUUCUGUUGUCCUGAAGAACGUCACCUUCAACGACACUGGAACAUACGAGUGUCGGAUUGUAACUAACGCACGACAAGAGAUCAAGCACCUGAUCGACCUGAAGGUUACAGACUCAGAUCACACAGCUGGAAACAAGGAGGGAGGAAACAAGGAGGGAGGAAACAAGGAUGGAUUUCGUAGCAUCGUAGUUGGACUGUCAGUUCUUUGUUUGUUGCUUGUUGUUGUUGUUGGUGUUGUUUUUGUUUUUGUUUUUGUCUGUAGAAAACGUAAGCACUCAUCAGAACAUUGUUCAUAUAAACCUCCUCCUGAAAAGUCAGGUGACCUGAACAGUUACUAAUUAGUGUAAAUGCAUUAAGCUUCAUAUCAACAGGACAAAAUGUAACUUCUUCUCUGGUUUUAGUGUCCUCUGUAGACAGUGAGAGUUUCGACAGAAUCAGCAACACAAUAUGAAUUUGGUCGAAGUUGAACAUAAACUACAGGAGCUACAGCAGGCUAGCAGGCUAAAAACAGUUUUUCACUGUGUGCAAUAUAAACAGUUUAUUAAGCCCUUUAUUCUCAUUAAUCCCAUCAUUACUCACUGCAGCCAGUCAGCUUCUCUGCUACUUCUAAUUUCUCUUCUGGACGAACAGAUAUGAGCGAGGGUCCACAAUUUGAAUUAAACACUUAUUGAACACAACACAACCUAUAUGUUAUUGCGUAAUUUGUCUUUUCUGUAUCAGAUGAAACUUUAUUGUUUAUUAUAGAAUGAUUGUUUUGUUUCAGAUGUGUACAAUCUUGUGAUACAGGUUGAAUUUUCUUCACUUUACUGUAACCUGUAUAAGCUCAAUUAUGUGAAUAAAUAUGUUUUUACAUUUAAA